AUGGUCUGUUCACCCUCAUGCUCGACCGGCUUCAACUGCCGCGCCGACGUUAUUGGCAGCAUCUGCCAAUGCCCCUCGGCAAGCUGUGUCAAGAUCAACUUUGACAUUGGUGCAGGAAACGGAGACGACGACAGCAGCGACUCGAAACCUUCGCUUAUCGGACCCAUUAUCGGGGCCAUAGCUGGACUUGCGGCCAUUGCUUGUAUUGCGUUCUUCGUCAUCAGGAAACGGAAGCAGAAGCGAAGACGGUCUUCAGUGUUGAUGCUCGGGCAGGAUGAUUCGAACGAUUCUUUCUCCAAGCGAUGGAACCCUUCGACAGGAAGCGAAUUUGCAGGACACAAGGACGUUAUCAGGAUCGCAUACAUCCCUAGCAUGAUUGGAGACAGCCCUGCCAGUCGACCCGUAUCAACGGCAACGGCGCUCGCUUCACCACAACCUCAGUUCGCUUCACUACGAGGCGAGGAUCGCAACAAUCGCGACUCGGUGGGAUCGGCGGGAUCACACAUGUCAGCAGUACUGGACGAAGCGGUGGUCAUGGCAGUGACAACCAAAGCAACCCCUCAAGUCAUGAACUUCACAGCCAUUAAGGCAGCCCAGUCGGAUCUCAUCCAACGCUCCAACACUCUUCACAGCACCAACUCGAUCAAGCGGUCAACAUCUCAACGGCGAAUCGCAGACGCAAAGAACACCACUAAUACCCCCGCGACAGGAGGUCAUAGGACUCCAUCACCCCUCUCAGGCGGAGGCAGCAGUGGCAAUACCCAUGUCCUCAGCGACUCUGAUGACAACAAUAGCGAUGCCGAGGGCAGCACCGCCACUUCAGUCACACAAACGGCACAUAUGAGGCGGCGGUCAGCAGGAAAACAAAAUCUCAUGGAUAGCACCCACAACCCGUUCAUGAGUCCUACGGAACUGCUGGCUACAGGAUCCGCAUUACCUUCACCAUCAGGAUCGUCUAUGUCCGGACAUAACGGUGACACACUUGUCUCUCACAAGGGAUCCUCGACCUACCGCAACUCCAACCCCUUCAUGUCACAAUCCGAGUCUGCGACCCUCAUCCCGGAGCUCAGUCCCAACACCAACACUUUUUCAACCAACAACCGGUUCUCGACACUCUCCAGUUCAACAUCAGCCCCAUCACCAGUCUUGUCGUCAUCGUCGACAUUUGCCUCGAUACCCAUCCGACUCGGAGGGGACAUUGUCGACGACGGCACCAACGACCCUCUUUCACCAUUCGCAGACCUUGCAGGCGGAAGUAAUUUAAGACCGUGGAUGUCAUCGGGUACGCCGGCGUUACGAGAUUCGACCUUCUCGACCAUGUCGGAUGCUCGGUCGUCUACACGGGGAGAUGGCGAGGAGAUUAUGAUCUUUUGGGGCGGGCAGCAUAAUCGCGACUCCAAAGCCUCGAAUGUAUGA